AUGAGCUCCGGGGUGCUGCUGCUGAUCUCCGGGCUGCUCGGGUUCGGAAGCUCUGUUGUGUUUAUCCAGCAGCCCCAUGAUCUGGUGGUCGUGGCUGGGCAGCCUGUGACCCUGCCAUGCUCCAUUACUGGAUAUCAUGGCAUGGUGCUGUGGGUCAAAGACGGUCUCGCUCUGGGGGUCAACCGAGACAUGUCAGGUUAUCCACGCUAUGAUGUGAUUGGGGACCACAGCAAAGGAGAAUAUCACCUACUGAUUCAGAGGACCGAACUGACCGAUGACGGCAGCUUUGAGUGUCAAGCCAUCCAGGCUGCUACCAGAUCUCGACCUGCUCGGCUCACUGUUUUGGUUCCUCCUGAUGACCCUGUGAUAAUCGGAGCGCCUGUGGUGAGCUUGCGUGCAGGGGACUCGCUAAACCUCACCUGCCACGCCAACAAUGCCAAACCGGCUGCCUCUAUCAUCUGGAUCCGUAACGGAGAGGUGCUAAACGGUGCCGCUUAUACCAAGAGAUUUUUGUGUUUUGGCAGAAGGGAAAGCACGGUCAGCACGCUCCACAUCUCUUCCUCAAACAUCGAGACCGGCCAACAGAUCACCUGCCGUGCUUCCAACAAAGCGGCACCCAAUGGCAAGGAGGCCACAGUCACCAUCGACAUCCAACAUUUCCCACUGGUGAACCUCUCUGUGGAACCGCAGCCUGUUCUGGAAGGCAAUCUGGUUAAGUUCCACUGUGCUGCUAAAGCGAAUCCCCCUGUCACUCAUUACAGGUGGCCCAGAGGAAGCUCUGUGGAAAAGAAAGUUUGGGGAUCUUAUGAGGUGCUGGUUGAUCAUUCCUUCUUCACCGAGCCAGUAUCCUGUGAGGUCACCAAUGCCCUGGGCAGCACCAACAUCAGCCGUAACGUGGAUGUUUACUUGGGACUUCGUGUGGAUGGGGGAUCUGAUGGUGUAGGUGGAUCGGGGAUUGGAAACCCUUCACUCACCAUUGUCUGGAUGAAAAGAGGCCAUGGAGUCGUGCUAAGCAACGAGAACACCUUGACACUGAAGGGAGUGAGACAGGAGGACGCUGGGAAAUACGUAUGUCGAGCUGUGGUGCCGCGAGUGGGAGUGGGAGAGAAGGAGGUCAUGCUUACGGUCAACGGGCCUCCCACCAUCUCCAGCACACAGACACAGCAGGCUCUGUACGGGGAGAAGGGCCAGAUCAAGUGUUUCAUCCGCAGCACCCCUCCUCCAGACCGCAUUGCAUGGUCAUGGAAAGAAACAGUGCUAGAAUCAGGAACAUCGGGCCGUUAUACGGUGGAGACCGUGAGCACAGAGGAUGGUGUCAUCUCCACCCUCACCAUGAGCAACAUCGUUCCUGCUGACUUCCAAACCAUCUACAACUGCACCGCAUGGAACAGUUUCGGCUCUGACACGGAGAUCAUUCGCCUUAAAGAGCAAGGGUCUUUGCGCUUGGCCGUCAUCAUUGGGGUUGCAGUGGGAGCUUUCCUGGCUCUCAUCGUCCUCAUUGGGACCCUGGGGGCUUUCUGCUGCGCUCGACUGCAGAGGAAGGACAUGCACCUGGUGAUGUCAUCACUCCCAGUGUCCCUCUCUUCUCGGCAGCGAGAGCUCUCCGGCACGUUAAAAAGUGAAAAUCUCAAAGGGGUUGUAUCUGCUAAAAACGACAUCAGAGUGGAGAUUGUCCAUAAGGACCAUAACGCAACCAGAGAACCGGAAGAACAUGGCAACAUGAAGCAAAUGAUGAUGGAGCGAUCGGAGUUUCAGCAAGAGUCUGUGUUGAAACAGUUGGAGGUCCUGCAGGAGGAGGAGAGGGAGCUACAGCACAUUAAGGAUUUGACUAAGGGAUAUUACAUAUUGCUGACAGCCAACCCGAACACAGAGGUCCGAAACCCUGCCACAGCAACCCUCGGAAAACACCGCGUCCCCACCGGCAUGUCUUACACCAACAUUUACAACACACUGGGCGCCGGUCCCAACCGACUAUAUGACUACAGCCAGCGUUUCGUUCUGGGAAUGGGCAGCAGCUCCAUCGAGUUGUGCGAACGUGAGUUUCAGAGGGGAUCGCUCAGCGAUUCCAGCUCGUUCCAGGACACGCAGUGUGACAGCAGCGUCAGCAGCUACAGCAAGCAGGACGGAUACGUGCAGUUCGACAAAGCUAGCAAAGCCUCGGUGUCGUCUUCAUCCCACUACUCACAGUCAUCGUCCCAGAACUCGGACCUAACUCGACCGCUACAGAAACGAAUGCAAACGCACGUUUAACUAGAGGACUGAACAUCAUAUCUACACACUAAAGGUGAGUCACCUGUGCUUCAUGCGUCAUUCGUGAACAAAUACAAACGUUUCAAGCUUGGAAAGGCAUUACCGACUUCUCAAGCUCAUUUUUCUGUAUAUUUUGAAAAAGUAACGCGUUUUUUAAAUCUCAUGUUCUUCGUGGAAGACGUGAGAGUUUGGGAGAUGAAAGCGGGGGAAACCAAACCUUGGAGGUUGUUUCAUAACAUGACAAUCAGGAGUCCAUCCACAAAGUGGCCAUUGACUAUCACGGUGAGCCGAUCUAAUCUGUUCCAUGCAGGAACUUGGAACUGUGGGAGAACUUCGAGGGUUGUGUUCAUUUUUGUUUUUUAUUGAGGAGCCAAACUUGGGCUGCUUAGCAGUUCUUCUACUGUGGCCCAAAGCACAAGGGUGUCCGUUCAAUGCCAACCCCAGUGUUUCUCUGCUGAUAAAGAGAUCUAAAUGAGGAUAAAUUAUCCUCCAGAAGUCGUCGCUCAAAAUGAUCAUUCUGUGCUUUUCUAAGGACUCUGUAAGAUAGAUUUCACUUGUGUGCACUAAACUGUUUUUUAAUUACAUCUCUUUCCUUGUGUGGUCUCUCGUCUUUACGAUUUCAUGCUUUGUGUUUUAUUUUCCAAUGCGAAUGUGUAAAAACACACACGGCCAAACUGCAUGUGUGGAGAGUUCUUCAGGAGCUUUGCUAACGUGGACAUCAUAGUGUUUACAUGCCAGAGACCAGAAUGUAAAUCCCAAUACUUUAUUUUCUCUAUGCGUAUUAAAUGUGAGCUGAUCAUUUAAACACUUCAUGGUUAAUAAAUGCGUUUAUGUAUGUACAUGUCCUGUGAAUUCAGACGCUCUGAUGUUAGAAGCUUCUUUUAUACCUCCAAACAAUGUGUUGUUGUUGUUCUAUACAUCAUUGCACAUAAACUCCACAUUCUGGUGGGAGUAUGAUUGAAUUAUUUUUUGUUCUGAUGUUCUGUUUAUUUUAAGGCUGCCAUAUGUUUAAGCUCACUGUUUUAAGUAAGCUUCUCUUUCCUUCAGCCCCACUGAAUGUCUGGCAUAAACGUUUACAUCACUUAAUUGGUUAAGGAAGUGCCUCCCGUCAACGGAUGAGCCCGCAGAACAUUCAGAGUGAAACUUUAACUCGAGCUGUGCAUCAGAGCAAUCACACUGAUCAAAUAAUCAUGAUUACAAAAUAAGUGUUGAAUAAAACAGUGUGUGGGAAAGCUGUGUGGUCAUUGAAGU